AUGGGCUUCCAGAACAAACGAGUUGUUGUUAUCGGCGGUGGCCUCGGCGGCAUGGCCUUCAUGAACGCCGCCCAAUACGCUGGCCUGAAGAAUAUCCAAUGCUACGAACAAGCCCACCAAUUCAGCGAGGUUGGCGCUGGAGUCGACCUCUCCGCCAACGCAAACCGUAUCCUUGACGCAUUCGGUCUGCAGGAAUCCCUGCUAAGCCGCUCCUCGCCCCAACUCCCUUACUAUAUGCAAUACCACAACUACAAAUCCGGCGAGUACCUCGGUCACAUCGAAGAAUUCUCCCAGCCCCACGCCCGUCUAAUCCACCGAGCUCACCUCCUCGACUCGCUUAAAGAGCCGGUACCAGAAGAGCUUCUUCAUCUACAGAAGCGCCUCGCUCGACUCGACCGCAAUACCGGCCCUGACGCGGCUCCAUAUACUCUACACUUCGAGGACGGUACCAGCACGGACGCUGAUAUCGUGAUCGGAUGCGAUGGUAUCAAAUCCCGUGUUCGCCGUGAGCUAGGCUUCGAAGACUCGCCAAAUUACUCCGGCCAGGUUGUUUACCGUGGUUUCGUCGAUUACAAGGAUCUACCUGAAGACACUGCAAAGCUGCUCCACAAUGUUGUCAACUUCCGCGGCCCGAAGCGGCAUAUUCUAUGCCUCCCCAUUGGCAACCCGACUACGCAGACUGACCGUGUUGGCGUGAUCGGAUUUAUGUCCGAGCCGCUUGAAUCCUGGGAUUCGGAGAACUGGAUGGCUCGUUCGGAAAUCGGAUCUUUGCACGAGCACGUUACGGCCUGGUGUCCCCAGGUGCAGGAUAUAAUUAAGGGUCUCAAUGCAGGAUCACCAGACGGGCGGAUGAUGAAGCAAGCACUAUACGUACGUGAGCCGAUUGCCAAAUGGUUCGAGAUGAAGGAUGGGCAGAAAGAUGCGGGAAUCGUUCUGCUCGGUGAUGCUGUCCACUCCACACUCCCUCACCAGGGUCAGGGUGUCUGUAUGGCAAUCGAAUCUGGCAUUGCAUUGGCUACGAUUCUUACGCACUGGAAGAAUGACGAUUUGCAGGCUGCAUUCCAGUUUUAUCAGGAUCUGCGCAAGCCUCGCACCGAUCGGGUUACGAGAACUAGUUUUGAAGCUGGAAAACUUGCUAGCUCGGAUGAUCCUGAUCACCUGAGUGAUAAGUUUAACCCUGAAGCACUUAUGGAGCGCAUGAAGUGGAUUAUGGAGUACAAUGUGCUUGAUGACUUGAAGGCUAAGGGGGCCGAGUCUAUGGACUUCAGUGGACAGAAGGUUUAA